CUUCGCGUACACCUAUACGACCACUCGGGCGGUGUUGUGAGUCCUUGCACGAAUAUCGAUGAUGAGCCGGACAAGUACCUCCAAAUUUUUUCGUGCAUCGUCUUCGGAAAUCUCAGUUGUAUUGGGUUUGACCCGACAAUCCAUAUCUUGAAACAUACCCUUCGACCCUCUUCCCGCCCCAUAGACUUGACUUCGCACAAGGCCAAGAUUCGCGUCAACGAAAACAUGUACGAUAUAUUAGAGAUUAUAUUCUCUAACCAGGGCCUCGUUGGUCGUGGCACGGUAUGCUAUCUAGCCAGGAAGGACGGGGAGGAGUACAUCAUAAAGGAUCACUGGGUUCUUGGGGGAAAAACCCAGGUCCUGAACGAGAUUUCUAUGCUGAAGAAGAUGGAGGGGGUCCGUGGUGUUCCUCACCUUGUCGAAUACUGGCUCGUGGAGAGUGAGCCUGACGAGGUCGAUGAAACAAGGAGGUAUCGUUUCAAGACUCCGCGCAGCAUAAAAGGCACCUCGCGUACUCAUGUUCGCCUGGUCUUGAAGCCUCGCGCGCGACCAUUGCAUCAAUUUCGCUCACAUGCGGAGUUAUUGACCGCGAUACGGGAUAUCGUGAAAAGUAAGUGA